AUGUCGCUGGACUUUCUCCCGCCGGACGAAAUCAAAACGAUCGACAAACACUCGGCCGAGUACGUGUUGCGCUCGGGCCUUGCUGGCGGCAUCUCGGGGUCUGCGGCGAAAACACUCAUAGCGCCGUUGGACCGGAUCAAGAUCUUGUUCCAGACGUCCAACCCUGAGUUUCUCGAGUUCCGCGGCUCGCUCUUCGGGCUCGGCCGCGCCGCCCGCAAGAUCGUGGCGUCCGACGGCUUUUUGGGCCUUUUCCAGGGCCACCUGGUGACGCUUUUGCGCAUUUUCCCCUACGCGGCCAUCAAGUUUGUCGCCUACGAGCAGAUCCGCAGCAUUCUCAUCCCCAACGACAUCCACGAGACCGCCGCACGCCGUUUCAUGGCCGGCUCGCUCUCCGGCCUUGCGUCGGUGUUUUUCACCUACCCGCUCGACUUGGUGCGCGUGCGGCUUGCCUUCGAGACCCGCGCCUUGGCCCACGCCGCGCGCCACCCGCACCAUGCGGAUUUUGUCGCCCACCACCGCGGGCGCAUCUGGGCCAUUGUGCGCCUGGUGUACGCCGAACACCCGCCGCUGCGCGACCUGGACCCGCGCUGGCUCAAGUUCAUGCGCAAGACGGUGCCGGCGGCGUUGGUGCCGCUCUCCAACUUCUACCGUGGCUUUGGCCCCACCAUCCUCGGCAUGGUGCCCUAUGCCGGUGUUUCCUUCUACACCCACGACUUGAUCCAUGACAUUUUCCGCCUGCGCAUGUUGGCGCCGUACUUUGUCACCGAGCGGGCGCCCGGCUCCACGCGCGUGGUCAAGAAACUGCGCGCGGGCGAAAACGUCAGCUCGCGCGACUCCAGGGCGCCGCUCCGCGCCCAUGCCCAGUUGGUGGCGGGCGGCUUGGCCGGCAUGUUUUCGCAAACGCUGGCGUAUCCGUUCGAGGUGAUCCGCCGCCGAAUGCAGGUGGGCGGCGCCGUGGACCAGGGUGGCUUUUUGCUGUUCCGGUCCACCGUGCGCUUGAUUUUCGCCGAGAGCGGCGUGCGUGGCUUUUUUGUGGGCUUGACCAUCGGCUACAUCAAAGUGAUUCCCAUGGUGGCGUGUUCCUUCUACGUGUACGAGCGCAGCAAGACGCUACUCGGCAUAUGA